UCAUUUCUUUUCUUUUCAUUCUUUUUACUGCCCAACAAUUUACGGCCCAAAUUUGCCAACACAUACCAUUUUUUACUUUGUAAUUUGUUAAUUUUUUCGGGGAAAGUGCUAAUAAACAUUUAAAAUGCUGCCUAAACUUAAAAUAUCAGCAUUUUUAUUGAAGCGUCUGGAGCGGAUUAAGCAGCAGUGUAGUGGUUGCCUUUUUGGUGUUCUUUAUGGCGAAGGCACGUUGCUACUUAUGGGUUUCAAUGUGGAAUCAACCAUUGGACACCUAAAUUAUGAACAAAUUCAGUUUAAGUUUCCAGCAGAAUUGGAUUUGUGUGGGUUGGUGAAAUUUGGGGAUUGCACUGAUGCAGAGGCGCACUUAACUGAGAUCUUGAAAGACGUCGAUAUUACUGACAACCCAAUAUUAUUACAGUGCGAAUUAGGUACUCUUGUGGGACUGCGAGCGCAUGUUUUUAUGCACAGCAAAUUGGAGGAGGUGCCUUAUGAAGUGAUGGAAGCAGAAGAAUUGCAUAGUGAUUUUUGCUUUACGAGACUGAAAUGCAGUCUAGACUUUUACACACAGCAAACCGUGGAGGCAGUGCAACGAGAAAUGCAUUUGUUGCGUAAAAUGUUCUCAGGCGGUAGCUUGGCGUUUUGCAUAGACUCUACUAAGAUUUAUCUGACCAGUUCUGGUGCUCAAGGUCAGGGCUUAAAAAAUGAUGCGCUAAUAAGUAAUUUAGUGAAUGCAGUUAGAAAAGCCAUUAGUAGUGCGGAUGAAAAGCAUGAAGUGGUAGAAAAAGGUAACAAAAAGAAAGGGCAAAGUACGAGUAUACCAUUGGCAAGCGUAUUCGGAGCACUGGGUUGUGCUUACGACGUACUUAGCAUUAAUGUACUGCGUUGUAAAACACGUGAGCGUACUGCUGUGGAUGGAGCAGGGGGAAGCAACGAAGGGCCACCACCGGCGGUAGCUAUGUGUGUCAAACGUGAAGAAAGCAAGGUAUGCAUGCCGUUAGAAGUGGAAGCAAUGGCCAUGCUAUGCAAAAGCACCAAAGUUAGUCGACUCUACGACAUACUCAUCGAGAGCAUAUGUCGGUCAUUGCGAUUGUUCGAGCAAAGCAUGGUUGAGCGGUUGGAGGAAUCCACAGAAUCACCUGAGCUACUUAGACCCUCUGGUUAUCACUUCUUUCCUAAGGAAUUUGGCCACUUUUUAUCAUGCUCCUACUUGGACGGCGUAUCUGAUGAUGAAGCGAAUGUACAAGAGAAACGUAAAAAGUUGCACCGCCACUUCGGUUUACCCGCAAUACGCCCGUAUUUUCGUCGUGCCAAUCGCUGCAUUUUCCGAAAUGACCUUACGGGUGUAAUACCUUUGGUAAACACGCACGUGGGCUUGCGUCCAAGUGGCAUUGUCGAUGGCAAGCAAUACCUCGUACAGGGCAAUUACUAUUACUAUCACUAUCUACAGGAGCAAAUGCAGGAUAAAGGAUGGGGUUGCGCAUAUCGAUCAUUGCAGACGAUUUGCUCGUGGUUUCUACUGCAAGGAUACACAGAAAAGCCAGUGCCAACACAUCGAGAGAUUCAACAAUACUUGGUACGUAUUGGCGACAAGCCAUCGAAUUUCGUUGGUUCAUCACAAUGGAUAGGUUCAACAGAAGUCAGCAUGUGCCUUCAGGGUUUUCUUAAUGUCGAUUCCCGAAUACAGCAUGUUACUUCAGGUGCCGAUGUAGCAACCUUAGCUUCCGAUUUGGCUAUGCAUUUCCAAACACAAGGUACGCCAAUUAUGAUCGGUGGCGGUGUGUUGGCACACACCAUUAUCGGAAUAGAUUACUGUUCGCAGACCGGGAAGGUUAAGUUUUUAAUAUUGGAUCCUCAUUAUACGGGAGCCGAUGAUUUGCAAACAAUACAGGCGAAAGGUUGGUGUGGCUGGAAAGGCGGUGACUUUUGGGACAAGAAGAGCUACUAUAAUCUCUGUAUGCCUCAGCGACCGAUUAUGUUCUAGGUAGGCCAGUGGGGAAGUUGCGAACGUUUUCACGUGUUUUAGUCAGGGUUUGAAUUGCUGCCGAGGUAAGCAGCUCUUCGUCAUUUUCAAUACGUUUGCAAUGGCUUAGCUGCGACAAUUAAAUGUAAAUCAGCAAAAGCGAAAAAAGGACAUGAAAUCAUUUGACAAAGUCGAUUCCAUCAACGAAAAGUCAUGAACGACUUCCAUAUAAACGGAGUCCAAAGUCAUUGAAGACUUAACAUGGCCGUACAAGACCCUAAGUGACUAAUGCAUGAAGAAGCAAGCGUACUUCGUUGAUCAAGUGAUGAAGAUAUGUAUCUACUUAAUGAGAGUAACGCAGCAGAAAAAAAUCAAAAGAAAAAAUGAGAAUACACAAAACUACUGCUACAGCAAAAUUUUCUAAACUGGUUGCUUCGGCUGGCUGUCUAAGCAAAAACAAACUUCGAUUUAGUGCUCAUCAAGGCGCAUCCAUAUAAGGUAGUAGCAAUUGCAUAUAAGUAAAAAUCCUGUGUAAUUUGUGAUUGCUUUUUGGUACAUCAGGAUGUGCUCAUUUACACACGGCGAUUGGAAACGAGCAACACCAAAAGGGAAUAUGAAAAAUAGCGUCGACAAAAGUUUCCAUGUAUAAACACAGACUUAAGCAAAAGCAAAUGAUUUCAUAUCUCUUUUUCGGUUUUGCUGUUUGCUUUCGCUGAUUAAUAUUUCAUAGUCAUAGCUAAGACAUUGCAAAUGCAUUGAAAAUAGUCAAGCAAUUUCAAACCCUGGUUUUAGUUUACUAAUUUUAUACGUGUAAAGAUCCGUCUCAAUAUUUAGUUUGUUACCAUUUUUGGCUUUAUUUUUUUUUUUGUGUGGUGUUAACCACUUAUUGUUGUAGUUAAAAUAGCAUAUUAUAUAUUUGGCGAUAUAAUGUGUAUCAAAAUGUUUUUUGUUUUUUUUUUAGAAAAAGUAGCCAAACAAAAGCCAGCGAGAGCAGCAUUUGUAAUAUUAAGCACCCAUGUACGUAUUUUUAUUAAAGAUUAUAUACAUACAUACAGUG